AUGGGCGGAAUUCCUUUCGAUCCAGCCAAGGACAUUCCUUCUCUUCAGGGUAAAGUCAUCUUGAUUACAGGCGGAAAUAUUGGGAUCGGAAAGCAAAGUGCACUCGAACUCUCGAAACACAAUCCAUCACAGCUGUGGAUCGGUGGCCGCAAUGGCGAGACUGGGAAUGCUGCCGUUGAGGAGAUCAAAGCCGCGUCCCCAGGCGCGUCGGUGCGUUUCCUCAAGAUGGACCUAGCUUCCUUCGACUCUGUCAAACAAGCGGUCAAAACAUUUCAAGCGUCAGCCUCUCGUCUUGACAUCUUGAUGUGCAAUGCCGGCAUCCUUGGUGGUCCUGCCGCUGUCACUAAGGAGGGAUACGAGAUACACAUGGGAGUCAACCAUGUUGGACACGCAUUGCUGUUCAAACUCCUCCUGCCACAGAUGCUCGAAACCGCCAAAAGCCCCAUCGGCGUGGAGCCGCGCGUGGUCUUCGUGAGCUCACUCGGCCAUAAGUACGGUACAUCGAACGGCAUCAUUUUCGAGAGCCUGAAAUCCAAAGCCGCGAACGUGGGUGCAACGACCAAAUACGGCCAGAGCAAGCUGGCAAAUCUCCUGUAUCCCCAAGAAAUAGCGAAGCGAUACCCCCAGAUCACUGCGGUGUCACUCCAUCCAGGCAAUGUCAAGACAGAUUUGUUCUCAAGACCUGGUAGCGGCUUGGUCGUUAGUAUACUUCGAAGGGUUUUGCUUCCAAUUGUUGGCGUCAGCGUGGAAGAAGGCGCGAAGAAUCAGCUAUGGGCGGCCACCGCAAAGGACGUGGUGAGUGGGGAAUAUUACGAGCCAAUUGGGAUUAGUGGCAAGGCAGGCGCCGUGGGAAAGGACAAGGAGCUGGCGAGGAGGCUUUGGGACUGGACCGAGAAAGAGCUGGAAGGACAAUCGCUUUGA